AGAAGUCCGUUCCCAACUGCGAAUGAAAUCGCCAGUCUGAAAGAAUGGGCAGGACAGUGUUGACUCGAUUAUUUGCGCUCGUGCUCGUCAUUCAUUGCACGGGAUGGAUGGGCAGUUCAGCUGCUACACGAGUGAGUCUCGUCGACAAUGGCUACGUCGAUUUGGUGUUCGCCAUCAGCGAUGCAGCACCUCAGGAUCAAUCCGACAUCAUCAUUAAAAACAUCAAGAAAAUGAUUUUAGACGCAUCUCCUGUGCUAUACGUGGCGACUGGCGAUCGUGCCUAUUUCAAAAGUGUCCUAAUUCUCAUUCCCCAAUCGUGGAAGGAUGUGGAGGCAAAUGCCAGCAGUUGGGAAACGUUUGAAAAAGCUGACGUCAUCGUGGACGCGCCCAACCCGAGGCACAAAGAUGUGCCCUACACCCGACAGAACGGCAAAUGCGGCGAACGAGGUGAAAAAAUCCAUUUGACACCCAAUUAUGUGGCCACCCUUGAUCAAGAGAACAACAAUCAGGCGUACGGCAAACCAGGCAAAGUCUUCGUCCACGAAUGGGCUCAUUAUCGCUACGGUGUUUUUGAUGAAUACGGGACACGGGGCGACACCAAUUUCCCACUUUUUUAUCGCGUGCAAGGCGAGAAGAAGCCGGUGCCCAACAUGUGCGCUAAUAAACCGGCUGUUUUCAAUGUUCGUGACAUUAGCAACAAUUCGUCCGACUGCAAAAUCGAUCCGGUCACGAAGAAUUACGACGAAAAUUGCGCAUUUGAAUUUAACAAGUUUUACAGGCCGGAUACAUCUUUGGCGUCCUAUCAUCAAAUCGAUUCGGUGGUUCAUUUCUGCAAGGAUAACCAAGAACACGCGCACAAAUCGGAAGCUCCAACUAAACACAAUGCCAUGUGUGGAGGUGUCAGCGUUUGGACGGUCAUUAUGCGCAGUCCUGACUUUAAAGAUAACAAGUCAACGAAAAGGACAAAACAGGUCGAUUUGGACAAAAUGCCGACGGAAUUCAACAUCGUUCGGUCGAGUGGAUCGCGAUUCGUUCUAGUGGCUGACGUUUCCGACAGCAUGAGAAUCUGCAAUCGUAUCGAUAAACUGGGUGAAUCUGUGCGCGCCUGGAUCAAACACGAUCUACCCACUGGAAGCAAACUGGGAAUGAUUAUGUUCAGUUCGAUGGCUCAUGUGGUCAGCGAUUUGCAAGUCAUCACCGACAUGAAUUCACGGCAAGAGAUGAUGAAAAAAGUGCCCAGUCAAUUGUUUUCUGCUACUUGUAUCGGAUGCGGACUCGAUCUCGCUGUCCAGAUGCUUCAAUCAUCAAAUAGCACAGAAGCAGGUGGAAUCAUCGUCCUGGUUACCGAUGGCAAAAAUUCACCGGGUUAUCUCACCAUCGCCGACGUACAAAAGGACAUCAUUGACGCGGGCAUCCGCGUCGUCAGCGUCGCCUUCGGGGAACAAGCGGAUAAGAACAUUGAGCAACUUGCUGACAUAACCGAUGGCAAAAGUUAUUUCAUUCGCGACGAUGAUACGAGCGAAGCCCUCGAACAGGCGUUUUUGGGCGCUUGUACGUACCAGUCGAGUGUCAACAGCAGCGAUUUGCAAUUCAAGUUGUUCGAAAGAACAGCCUCAGCUGAUCAAUCACCAACGGACAUCAAUGGCGGUUUCGAUGUUGAUCCGACGGUCGGUCGAAAUUUGAAACUGAGCAUUUUUAAUCUAGAGAAACUGGCAAAUUUAGAGUCGAUGGAACUGACGGCACCUGAUGGUCAUGUCGUCAGCAAGAUCGACUAUCAAACGACCACAGCUUCGGUCACGGUAGACUUGGCUAUGGUCGGUAGAUGGGCCCUGAACAUUAAGUUAAACAGCCCGCAAACGAAAUCGGUAUUGGUCACUGUUACAACUCAACUGCGUCCGGACGUUAAGACACCGAUCACUACCAAAUGUUGGGUACCCAACGGAGCUGAUAUUAAAAACGCCAAUAACAACCGAAUUCGAAUUCACGCUGAGGUGUGGAAGGGAUCGCAUCCUGUUACUGGAGCCACAGUCAGAGCUUUCUUGGUGAAACCAAACGACGAGUCGGAAGUUUUGGAUCUGCUGGACAAUGGAGUCAACGCCGAUACCGUAGCCGAUGAUGGCGUCUAUUCCAAGUAUUACACCAACGCCACUCAGCAGGGUCGCUACACGGUCCAAUGCCAGGUGAUUAGCAACAACGACACUGCCCAGGGUUUAGGCUUUUUCGGCUCGGCCAGCCCUCAGCUUCACGGUAAUUUAAUUGAUGGAAACGACAAUGCAACUCCCAUCUCCAGUUUUACCCGCAUCGCUUCUGGUGGUUCAUUUCAGGUGGAAAUUCCCGUGCAAAGUUACGACGCUUAUCCACCAGGUGAAGUCACAGAUCUUGCUGUCAUGUUAGUUAAUGACACAGCGACAAACAUCACGAUCGGACUGCAAUGGACCGCUCCCGGUGACGAACUCGAUGCGGGCACUGUUGCUUAUUAUGAACUGAAGUAUUCAGACAUCGCGGCCGACGUAAUGAAUUCCAACUUUGACGAUGAAUCUUCUGUUCGCAAGAGGCGCUCUGUCAUCAAAGAAGAUGAUCUCGUGGCCGGUUCGCUCGAACCAAUUGAAGCUGGCUCCUUGCAAACGGCCACCUUCAUGCUCUCCGAUAUCCAGCGUGAAAGACCUUAUUAUGUUGCACUGCGGGCCGUGGACAAGGCCAACAAUACUGGGCAAGUCUCCAACUUGGUCGUUUUCUUCGUUCCGGACAAAUCGGCAUUGCUGAUUGUGGAGGAUUUCAACGGAGAUUUGGAAGGAUCCACUGGAUUUGAAACAAGGGAUAUCAUCUACGUGAAGCAGUCGGGCGUUCGCGUCACCUCGUUAUUGGUUGCAGCCUUUGGGCUUAUUUUAAUCGCCUGUCUGUGUGUGACCCUGCUAAUGGCCGUCAUCAAACACACUAAAGCCCAUUCAUCCUACGCUGGUAUUCCGGCUAGUAAAAAUCACGAUUUACCUUGAAUUUAGUCUAUAAACUCGAGGUAAAUUUAAUGUAUCCUUUUUCAAAGCUCCUCAUGUAUCCUUUGCCUAGCAAUUUUCCAAUUUUACUAAACAAAAACAAGCAAUCAACGUGUGCCAACAGUCGUGAGUGUUAACCCUUGUGCGUUUGAAAGCCAAAUUAGUUUGCAACGAGAGAAAGAAUCAAUUUUAGCAAUUACAUAGUUGGCAGGAUGGAACAGUCAUAUAGUAAAGAGCUGAUGCAUUCCUUUCAACUGACCUGAUUCUUUUCGGUAUUUGCAGUCAUCCUUAUCACUGACGCUUUAAUGAACUAAGUCAUAAUUGUACCACAGUUUUGCUUUACCAUGUUUAUUCCCAAAAAUAUGUAAUCUAAUGCUUGCUGGUUAUGUGGAUAGAGAAUAGAGAUAUACAACGAA